AUGAUCACAUCGGACAGAAAGGCUAUGGACGUUUCUGGCGGAUUCCUCCAACUCACGGAUGAGCUCGAAUGUGACGUUCCCUUUCAAGGCGCUCAAUUCAGUGGAAAAUGUUAUCUAAUCAACCGUCCGGAGCUCGGCUUAAAUGGCCUUGAUUGGAUCGAGAAACUCGGUCUCCUGGAUAUGCCACUUAACCGCAUUUGCAAUGGUGUGCAUUCAACUUCGCCAAGUCUCACUAAAUCGAAUCAGCUGGCGACAAAGCUGAUGUCGGCGAUUCCACUUCCUGCCGAGGUACACAAGGAGGAGAAGAAGGAGAAGGUGGAAUCAGGAGAGAAAGCGCCAGCGGCGUCCGAGACCCAUCAAACACCUGGUCGGUCAACUCGCAGCGGCGCGUGA